AUGAAUCCGAAUUGGACGCGUUUUACGAGGAGCUGGAGGAAAGUAGUUCGCAACGAGAAGUUCUUCUACAAAUUCGUUGUCGGAGACUUCAACGCAAAACUAGGAAAGGCCACAGAAGAGGAAAACAUGAUUGGAAGAUUUGGACUAUGGGGCCGGAAUGAAAAUGGCAAUCGUCUCGCCGGUCUGUUGUCCCCCGCUCGCCUCUUUCAUGGGAACUCUCUUUUCAUGAAAAAAGAUCAUCGUCGGUGGACAUGGGAAUCGCCCAAUGGCGCGACUCGUGCGGAGAUCGACCACAUACUCACCAACCGGAGGUGGUGUCUACUUGAUGUCUCAGUAGUACCAUCCUUUUGUAGCGGUUCUGAUCACCGUCUCUUUCGUGCGAAAAUACGACUUAGCCACACGAUGGAAAAGAACAUCUGCUAUCGGCGACAAAGGAGAAAAGAAGUCGUCUACGGCGAUUGCCUACUCGAGGACUGCUUGUCCCAAGGUGACUGGCACAUGGAGGAGGACCCAAACGUGGACUACGAGAUGCUACUCAGAGGAUUACGAGCCUGUGCUGAACGUGUCUCGAAGCCGCGCACGACAAACUUGGAUCGAAUUUCGAAGACCACCAAGAAAUUGUUGGAAAGAAGAAGGGCUUUGAGGCUUGAUCCGAAUGCAUCGCACAUUGCACGGUUAGUAGCAAACACUAGCUGCAGAAAAGCGUUGCAGAAGGAUCUUUUGAAGUACAGGAAGAAGAAGAUUCUGGAAGCAGCACGAAGAAGAACGAGUCUAAAGAAGUGCCGCAGGGAUCUCCGCGAAUAUAACAUUCCGCUAGCAGCCUUGCUGAGCGAAUAUGGGACUCGCACGUCUUCUCGUCGUGAGAUGGAAAUCAUUACGGAGAGGUUCUACUCGAACCUUUUCCGUUCAUCAACCCCUGUGUCAAGCCCAAUCAUCCCCACUGGCGAAGCUCCACCACGGAUUCUCCCUUCGGAAGUACGAGUCGCUAUCAAGAGCAUGAAACCUGGCACAGCCCCCGGACCUGAUUUUAUAUCAGCAGACUUUCUUCGGGCUAGUGGCCACUAG